AUGGGUAGUUCGCGCGCGUUGCAGGAAGCUGCCAAUAUGGACGACGGAGAUGAUGAUCAAGACGAGGAUGAGGAAACACUGCAAUUGAAGCUGCAAGCUAUCCAGGCCAAGUUGAAGCUCAAGAAGCUGCAGAAUGCGAAGAAAACGGCGGAUGAGGGCAUUGGGAGUGGAAGAUCGAGCAGACAAGAGAAAGCGUCAAGUCCGAGAAAGGCCGAAAAGCAACCAGUCUCGCCUACACGAUUGUACAGAGCCGCCGUGGAUGUCCCAGUGUCUCCAGUACGGAACGCGCGAGCACCACAGGAGCACUUGUCACCAGCGAGGCAGAGGUUGGGCCUGACUUCGGUGCCCAAAGCCGGGGACGUCUCUCUUAAGAGGGCACGAGAUGGAAGUCAAUUGAGGAAAGCCAAAUCGCAGCCUUCUCUGCGGCAAGAGGACCUACCGAAGCCGAAGAGUUUCAGCGAGCGACUGGCGCAGACCAAGCAUGACGAAGAGGAGAAGCAGGCAAAGAAGGACAAGUUAGAGCGUAUGCGCAGUUCUGGUUUCAAUCACACCAGAUCCGAGACACCCUCAAGAGCGACGCAGCAACCCACGCCCUCAGGACGGGCUUCCAAACUUGCCAAUGUUUCGAGUACCCGACCCUCAUCAGCUGGACAGGAAGCCGAUUCUUCUGUCACGCAGAGGAUAUCUGGUCUCUCAAGAUCAGCCUCCGCCCGGGAAUCGCGAGACACAGACCGGAGCCGCUCAAAAGGCGGCGUAAAUCCUGGAGCAUAUGGGCACCAUUCGGGAACAGGGCAUGCAUACGACGAAAGCGACACCUCUCUUCACAUUGGCGACGUAGACGAUGAUUCUGGUUACGAUCCAUUCUCCAAGAUCCACCUAAAGACACGGCACAUCUCACACUCUGCAAUCGCAAGGGAGAUGGAAGGAAAAGAAGUAUACAAUCUACCGCGGCUGUUGAAAGAGGUUAAAGCGCCGCAUUACGAUGCUCCCGAUUGCGAGUCCGACUAUGUCGUGUUUGCGGUACUGGCGUCGAAAUCGAACCCUUUGGAUCAUGCACAGUCUCACAAGACUACAGAUCAGGUGAAAGAUGACUAUGAAGCUCCACGGAACAAAUUCAUGGUACUGCAUCUGUGCGACUUGAAAUGGGAGGUCGAUUGCUUCCUGUUUGGCACUGCGUUCAAUCAAUUUUGGAAACUCACCCCCGGGACUCUUCUGGCGAUUCUCAAUCCCGCGAUUCUUCCCCCAAAAGGGAACCAGAAUAACGGUCGCUUUUCACUGAAGCUCGGCAGCUCAGAAGAUGCGGUCAUGGAAGUUGGCAUUGCACGAGAUCUCGGCUACUGCAGUGCCAUCAAAAAGGACGGCCAGCCAUGUGGUGAAUGGAUUGACAAACGCAAAACAGAGGCCUGCGAGUUCCACAUCAACCUCCAGAUCGAGAAGAGUCGAAAAGGAAGAAUGGAAGUGAACACCAUGGCUCGAGACUUCGGCAAGCUUGACGACGGCGUUAAGAGCAAGGCUGCUAGAGAGAACCGCGACAAGAACCAGAUCGGUGGUAAGUAUCAUCGGGAGUACGGGCAGCUCUAUUCGGUUCCUGGUGGCGGCGGCAAAGGCGUUGCGAGUCUUCUGGACGCCGAAGACACAGAUGCUCUACACAACAUGACAACAGCAGAGGCUUCUCGCAAGCGAAUAGCAAAUGCGCAGAAGGAGCGGGACCUCGCGAAGCAGCUGGGUGAAAUGGGCAGAGGCGUCGGAGCAGAAUACAUGCGAGCCAAGCAUCGUCAUACGACUUCCACCACAACGAUCUCGUCUACAGUAUCCUCGACGAAAGACAGCGCUACAGACGACGCCCGCAACGCGCUCUUCGCGAAGCCCAAAGCCGCCGAGCAGGGUUUGCUUGGCAAGAAAUCUGGCGACGUUCAGCUGUCACCUGCAAAAGAUCGAAAGAAGCAUUUCGGUCUGGGCUCGAUGUCGAUAUUCAACGGCAGAUCUGCAGAACCGAUGGGCUGGGGCGGCGCCAGAAAAGCUGGCCUCUUGCAACCAAAGGAGAAUCGUCUGGGCAGCCCAGAAAGAGGACAGACAAAGAUUUCGGCUGAAUCGAUACCACGACCCAAUCUCGUACGUCCACGUUCUCAGCAGAGUAGUUUAAGGAGCAACGGGAGUUCGAGUCCGACCAAGAAGAAGGCUCGUUUCAAUCUUGAAAGGGGUAUUCGAGAGCCCGGCAGGGACAGCUUACCCGGCAAUGCAGCCGCAGGUGCCGCUUUGGAUGAUGACGAUGACGAUGAUGAUUUGGAUAUUGUAUAG